AUAGCAGCAAGACAUAUCAUAGCAUGUUCAAGGUUUAAAGUUCAAACAACAUAAGACAUGUAUUCUUUCAAGAUUUUUCAAGCUGUUUAUGUUCUCUUUUUCUCUGUUCUGUGUUCUUUACUCUCUCAGUCCUGUAAGCCAUUCCUUGUGCAAUUCUCUAGCAGCUACUACACCAUUGACAAGAGUUACAUGUUCCUUCUUUGCAAUAUCAUUCUUGCUUUUAUAGCAUUAUAUUCAAGUUUAAUCAAUCCCUCUUCAUCAACCACUCAUCAAAACAUUGAACAUGUCCACGACAGCGAGAAGAGUAACCGGUUCGAAUUUUACAUACCAGAAUCAGAGAUUACAGAACCAAUUUAUGAUGAUAACGUUAUGGAAAAUGAAUAUCAAGAAGAAGAAAAUAGUUUGAUGAUAGUGGAGCCAGAAAAAGUGGUUAUUGAAGUAGAAGAAGAUGAAGAAAAAGAAGAGGGAAAUGCUCUUAUGGAAAGUGAAUCCCAAAUAGAAGAAAAUGAAGAAGUGAAGAGUUUGGUGAUAGUGGAAGUGGAAGUGGAACAAGAAAGUGUGAAUAUUGAAGCAGAAGAAGAAGUAGAAGAAGAGGGAAAUGAUCUUAGGAUAAUUGAUGAAGAUGAAACAGAAGAAUUAAACAAGAAAUGUGAGGAUUUUAUCAAAAAGAUGAAAGCUACUUUCUGUUCGGAUUCCUAAGUUAAGAAUAUGUGUUAUCAAAAAUCACUUGUGCUUGUAAAUUAAUUUAUUAGUAUAAUCUUGUUAUUAGUACAGCCUAACCUUAACUUUCUCAAAUUUUAGGCACCUAGAAUAAAAUGUGCUUGUAGGAAUAAAAUGUUUAUCUUAUCUUUUCUA